AGAACCAGGGCAGCCGUGGCUUUGCCCAUACAUAGAGCCUCAGGCCUCCAAAUAGGACAUCCUUAAGAGGUGCCCAGAAUAUAUAAGUUAGGGCCGGCGGGGAGCAACAGGCAUUUGCUUCCCUUGCAUGCACUGCUACCAAGGUGUUUUCUCCAAGGGACAGCAGAGAGCGAUCCUCGGAGCCAGGGGGAUAAGAGGUUAGGUAGUGUCACUGAGGUUCCCUCUACUCACCACAGCCCUGCUGCUGAAGAUACUGAAGGACCAACUGGGAGGAAAAAAGCCACCAGUCCCUGCUGGAGAAAGCACCACCACCCAAGAACACAAGCUUUUCCCGAAGGAGCCACACAUUCCUGCCCAAGAUCUUCUUCCGAAAAAUGUCAUCCUCAGGAGCCAAGGACAAGCCAGAGCUGCAGUUCCCCUUCCUCCAGGAUGAAGACACAGUGGCCACGCUGCAUGAGUGCAAGACCCUGUUCAUCCUGCGUGGCCUGCCAGGCAGCGGCAAGUCCACCCUGGCUCGCCUCAUCGUGGAUAAGUACCACAAUGGGACCAAGGUGGUAUCUGCCGAUACUUACAAGAUCAACCCUGGUUAUCGAGCAGACUUCUCCGAGGAGUACAAGCGGCUGGACGAGGACCUGGCUGCCUACUGCCGCCGGGACAUCAGGGUUCUUGUGCUUGAUGACACCAACCAUGAGCGGGAGCGACUGGAUCAGCUCUUUGAAAUGGCUGAUCAGUACCAGUACCAGGUGGUGCUGGUGGAGCCCAAGACAGCAUGGCGACUAGACUGUGCCCAGCUCAAGGAGAAGAGUCAGUGGCAGCUGUCGGCCGAAGAGCUGAAGAAGCUGAAGCCCGGGUUGGAGAAGGACUUCCUGCCACUCUACUUUGGCUGGUUCCUGACCAAAAAGAGUUCUGAGACCCUCCGCAAAGCUGGCCAGGUCUUCCUGGAGGAGCUGGGGAAUCACAAGGCUUUCAAGAAGGAGCUCCGACACUUUAUUUCCGGAGAUGAACCCAAGGAGAAACUUGAACUGGUCAGCUACUUUGGGAAGAGACCCCCAGGAGUGCUGCACUGUACAACCAAAUUUUGUGACUACGGGAAGGCCACUGGGGCAGAAGAAUAUGCCCAACAGGAUGUGGUGAAGAGAUCUUACAGCAAGGCCUUCAAACUGUCCAUCUCGGCCCUCUUUGUGACACCCAAGACGGCUGGGGCCCAGGUGGUGUUGAAUGAGCAGCAGCUGCUCUUGUGGCCAAGUGACGUGGACAAGCCAUCUUCCUCUGAGAGCCUGCCCCCAGGGAGCCGAGCUCACAUCACCCUGGGUUGUGCAGCUGACGUGCAACCUGUGCAGACAGGCCUUGACCUCUUAGAGAUUUUGCAGCAAGAGAAGGGGGGCAGCCGAGGUGAGGAGGUGGGCGAGAUCUCCCGGGGCAAGCUCUAUUCCUUGGGCAAAGGGCGUUGGAUGCUGACCUUGGCUAAGAAGAUAGAGGUCAAGGCCAUCUUCACAGGGUACUAUGGGAAGGGCAAACCUGUACCCACGCAUGGUGGCCGGAAGGGGGGUGCCAUGCAGGUUUGCACCAUCAUCUGAGGAUUCACACCUCUCUAUCCCUUCUGCUCUCCAGAAGAGAGAGGUGGACAGGGCGACAUGCCUUCCACUUGACUUUUAAGAUUUUGUUUUGUUUUUUAUUCGAAGCUAACCUCUCUGUAACUUUUUAAGAGUCUGUAAAGUAACUGCCCAGUCCCUUCUUGCCCACCCUCUUCCCCUUAACACCCGAGCUCGCAACACAGGCAGGUGGGUAGACGAAGACACCAUUCAGGAACCUGGACCAGUGGUGAUAAUAAAAGGCUGGAGCCACAUCUGCCCUGCGUCCAGGAGCUGGUUAGCCCUCCUUUGGCCCCUGGCCAAAUGCCCAUCCUGAGCUGGGCACACCUCAGAGCUGCCACAUCAUGCUUAGGACAGUGCUACUGCCACAGGAAAACAGUGGUAGCUCAAGGGGUCGGAUCCCUCGGUGCCAGUCUUGUUUUUAAUCAUUAUAGUGCCUAGGAAGGCUUGUGCUAUUUGCUGGUGACCUUUGGUCAUUCCUAAGCCCCUGUCACCUCCUUCACACCGUGACUAGGUGAAGAGUGUGAUCGCUAGGGGAGAAAGUGGAAUUACCAGAAGCCACGAUCUCUGGCUUCCCACUGGGCUUCCCCCCUUCACAGUAGUAUGUUUCUGCUGUGUAGGCAAGAGACCAAGGACAUGGCCUGAGAAGCUCCAGCUUGGCUUUCCACCAAGCCCAUUCUGCAUCCAUGGUGCCUCUGGGCCUCCUCUAAAGGAGGGUGGUGGGUACCAAGAGCCAAUGGAGGGGACCCUGAACUGGCAAGAGUAUGCCCAAUCUCCUGCUCUGGAGAAGUUGAACAAGGCCAUGUGUUGUGGUCCCUGGAAUCUCUCACUCUGCCUUUGCUCAGUAACAGGACCUUGCUAAUUGAUUGGGUUGUCACCCAAGUAUCUGGGGUUUAUGUUCCUACCCUGGUUUUGCCCACCUCAGCAACUUCUAAGACUGAUACCGAAAUAAAUCACAUUAAUCCCA